UUGCAGACAUUCCAUACUGCUGCACCUUGCAGAGACGUUCAGGACUUGACUAAUGGAGUUGCCAUGGCGCAGGUACUUCACCAAAUAGAUGUUGCUUGGUUUGAUGAGUCUUGGCUAAAUCGCAUUAAAGAUGAUGUUGGUGACAACUGGAGAAUAAAGUCCAGUAAUCUGAAGAAGAUACUGCAAGGAAUUAUGGACUACUAUCAUGAGUUCUUGGGUCAGCACAUUUCAGAAGAGCUUAUUCCAGACUUAAACCGGAUAUCUGAGAACUCAGAUCCCACUGAACUGGGCAGGCUUCUCCAGCUUAUUUUGGGUUGUGCAGUCAACUGUGAAAGGAAACAAGAGCACAUACAGAAUAUCAUGACCCUUGAAGAGUCUGUUCAACAUGUUGUCAUGACUGCCAUUCAAGAGCUUAUGAGCAAGGAAAUAACAGGUCCUUCCACAACUGAUGGAUCAAGUGAAACGGAACAGCAGCUUAAAAAAGCUUUGGAAGAUCUUCAUGAAGCACUAGCAGAAAAAGAAGAGUUGGCACAAAGAUGUCAAGAGCUGGAUUUACAGGUGGCUGCCCUCCAGGAUGAAAAAAACAGCUUGUUGUCAGAAAAUGAGGUUAUGAAUGACAGGCUAGAGCAAUUAGAUGAGUCUCUUGAUGAUCCGAAUACUGUGGUUGCAAAAAAGUAUUUUCAUGCACAGUUGCAGCUGGAACAACUGCAAGAAGAAAACUUCAGGCUUGAAGCUGCAAAAGAUGAUUAUCGUGUCCAUUGUGAAGACCUAGAAAAACAAUUGAUUGAACUGCAACAUAGAAACAAUGAACUGACCUCUUUGGCAGAAGAAUCUAGAGCCUUGAAAGAUGAAAAUGAUAUUCUUAG